CGUACAUCAUUGUCGUUGGCUGCGCUAGAAGAUGCUUCGUCUCUCAUUCGAGCCGGCGUCGUCAUUUUAUGCAACAAUCUUCGUGAGGACAGACUAUCCUGAGUUGGGUCGCAGGAGGUUCUGGAGCCUGUCCCAGCUAACUUCAGGCGAAAGGCGGACUGCACCCUGAACUAUUGACACCAUCACUGAGCGGGAAUCGAUUCUACACUGCCCGGGCCAAAGUCAGUCGAUCAACAAACGUUCUAAAUGGGGGUGAGAAAAGAAGACAGAAGACAAAUCACUAACUGUAACCAAGAUGAGAAAAGUUGACACUUUACCCCUGCGAGGGAAGGACAGGACAAGACAGAACCGGACAAGGACAGGCGAAGAAGAAUGCCGAACGUGGUCGUGAACCUCCCUGUAGCGCUGAAGUGUGGAGGGAGUGACUAUGCAAAUUACAAAAGUCUUUAGGGCGAGCGUGUGGGGAAGGGGAUACCCGAGCAAUUUGCAUAUUCAUGAGAUAUUUGUCGCCGAAAGUCAAUGAGCCCACACCCAGCGGAAAAGUCCCAGGGCUGUGUGCCUGGGGACGCAUGCAAAUGAAUUGACACCGUUUCCUGCUGAGGACUCCGCCCAAUCAAUCGAAAGGCGGGAUCGGGUCCAGGAGUCUACCUGAGAGGAGAGGAAACGUCCCACACCAAGGAAGCGAGGGUGGUUUUGCCAGACCCACCCAGCCACCACAACGACUGGCCACCAGGAGGAGUUCCCGUUGGCCCAACUAUGAUGUUCCCCAAUAUAAUAAAAGUUAAUAUUCAACUAGAGGACCUUCCUGUGAAGAAAUUAUACGGUUUGGUUAAAUUUCUACAAGAGGUAUUUAUCUUCACGGGGUGAACAUGGCACAUCAUUUUAUAUUCGUGUGCUCCUGGAACCUGCCAUUGUUUAGCCUUCACCAGUGCAUCAGUGUCAUUUAAAUGUUCUCAGUGCACUUUCAAGAUUUCACAGAUCGCAGGCGCUUGCAUGAGAAAUGGCAUCAAAGUGGAACUGAAGUACGCUACAUGCUCAAGGAGGACGAUGGUUCUUUGGUGGCCCGAGGAAGAAGAAAAGAUUCUCCUGAUGUGACGCUAAUGUGCUCAUCUGGUCGGAGGUGGUGCGCGUUUGUGCGCGUCUGCCUGUGGCAUGAUGUCUUCUUACCUCAAGCAGGGCCCGUACGCCUGCAUGAACCGCCUGCAGGGCCUGAGCGAAGCCGCCAUGGACCUGCUGCACCCCUCGGUCGGCUUCCCCGGCAACCCGCGCAAGCAGCGCCGUGAGCGAACGACCUUUACGCGCACGCAGCUGGACAUCUUGGAGUGUUUGUUUGCCAAGACGCGCUACCCAGACAUCUUCAUGCGGGAGGAGGUGGCGCUCAAGAUCAACCUGCCUGAGUCGCGUGUGCAGGUAUGGUUCAAGAACCGGAGGGCCAAAUGCCGUCAGCAGCAGCAGAGCAGCAACAGUUCCAAAGCCAAACCACAGAAGAAGAAGUCAUCUCCCACCCGAGAGAGCAGCAGUUCAGAAAGCAGUGGGCAGUUCACACCGCCCACCGCCUCCACCGCGUCAAGCUCCUUGUCUUCCUCCUCUCUCGCAGUGUCCGUGUCCUCCAUUUGGAGCCCGACGCCCAUCUCGCCCGCCCCGCUACCGGACCCUCUCACUCCCACGGUCGGCGCCACCGCCACAUCCUGCUUGCAGCGGGCCGUCUCAUCCGCCGCACCAGGGGGGACGCCAUCCUACUCCGUUUCUUAUGGCCAGACGGCCGCGGCGGCCUACGGUCAAGGAUUCUCAACCUCGGCGUCGGGUUCCUACUUCAACAGCAUGGACUGUAGCUCAUACUUGGGGGCGCCCGUACACGCCCACCACCACUCCCACCAGCUCAGCCCAAUGGCAGGACACAGCCACCACCACAUGGGUACGACAUCGGGCCACCACCACCACCAUCAUCACCAUCACCACCCGCUGCCGCCGACGCACCCCCAUCAGGCGUACGGAACCCCCGGGCUCCCCUUCAACUCAGCCGAGUGUUUGGACUACAAGGAGCAGGCGGCCACUUCGGCCUGGAAGCUCAACUUUAACGCCUCUGAAUGUUUGGACUACAAGGAGCAGGCCGCAUGGCGAUUCCAGGUGCUUUGACUUCCUGGUUCUUGGACACCCGGUGGAUGUACCCACGUCUCGGAUAAGAAAGAAGUACAGACAGGUUCAGUCAUCGAUUUCUUAUCCAUAACUCCGGAAUACUUGGGGAACUUCUUUCUUCAGGAACGAAAAAGUCCAGAGAAAAUGCAGAGACACGCUUGUCAAACGAGGAACGGGAAGACAGUUCCAGGAGUCUUCUUCUAAUCCACAACUCCAAAAGGACCUGAGAAGUCAGAGAUGAGGUGGACACAAGUGAAGGAGAAGAAGAAGAAGAAUCUCAUUUCAAAGUAGUUGAGAGACAAUGUGAAUAUGCCAAGAAGAGGACCUUUUGUAGUUUGCAACCCUGUGAGACUUGAGGAAAACACCUGAAGGAAUUUCUGCUUUCAAAACAAAAAAAAAAACCACCAGGACAAGGUGGACACACCGAUGUCUCGGGUGAGGGAGAAGAACUGAAACAGGUACAGGAUACUACUUCUAGACCACAAUGCAAACAAGAACCGGGAAGGUUUUCCUGAAUUAACGAAGGUCCAGAGACAAGGUAGAUAUGUUUCAAGCAAAGUAAAAAGAGAGACAGAUCCAAGAAUCAUGUUCUGAUCUACUUAUCCAAGAAGACUUCAGUAGGUUUCCAUGAGGAUUUUUUUUUUCCGAAAAGUCCAGAGACGAGGUGGACACACUAACAUCUCGGGUGCUUGAGAGAAAGAGCGACACGUCCAGCAGUUUUCUAGUCUUCUUUUAAUUUUAGUCCAUAACUCCAACAGGACCUGAGGUCUUCCUAAAGGACAAGGUGGACAACAUUCAAGACUCGGGUAAAGAAAAUAUUCUUGAUUCUACUAGUUGACAAAGCCAACAAGGCCUAGGAAAGUCCUCCAGAAGCUCCAGAAACCAAGUUGACAUGCCCACAUCUCAGGUAAAGGAGGAGGAGGAGGACGAAGUCCACAACCUCAAAAAGAUUUGAGGUAUUCCUUCUUGUUGAGGAUGAUCGUUUUUCCUUCUCUGAUGCUGCUAAGAUAUUCAGCCUACUGACGUGUGUAUGGCAAUACUUGAUUGUUCACACCAAUGAUGUUCAUACUUCUUUUAUCAGACAUCUCAUGUCAGUAUUCUGUGAAUAAGUACCAUUGUAAUAAAAGUUGGAUUCAAAGUACUGCAUCUUUCCUUGAAAUAAUGUGUGAAGUGAACAUGGAUUUGAACAUUGUAAGCAAGACUUUUCCAGAUUUUAUCAGCAGCGUUAAACUGAAAUGAAGUCUCAGAGUUUUUUUUACCCACUGACUCUGGGGCACAUCACUACCAGGAGAAAACGACCAGAGGUUCUCUGAGCCCGAGAAGGUUCAUAUGGCUCCAACAUGUUAGAGAUUAACUUUGCUGCUUGACCACGUUUUAAAAUCUAUUCUCUCGGUGCAGAGACUUAAGCACUGGGCUAACAAGGGUCGUAUUCCCUGGUUCUUGUCAGGACUGGAGCGGCAGCAUUCUGGUUGUACUGCAGCUGUCUCUUUCUUCCGGCUUGUUUCGAGAGCCCAGUGAGGAGACUGUGACCCUCGUCUAACUUGCUGGAGACAAAUGCAUAGAUUAGUCUCUCGAAGGCACAUUUGGACGCAAUUCCUUAAAUUAUGGAAAGAUUUUUUACCUGGUAAAAAGCAAGCCGGUGUUACUGAUUCAACACACUUGUGGCUGUUAAAAUUCACAUCCAAAGCCGGUAUUAUACUUGGGUUUCUAAACAGCCUCUCAACUUGCUCUGACCCUCUCCUUUAUUCUCGUCUACUUCUUUGCUUUGCGCCAACCCGUUUUUAUCUCGACCACGACGUUACGGUUUUAUGGUUAGAUAAAAGUAAAACAAUAAUAUGAGGAGCCGCAAAUCCCGACACAGGGUUGCAAUUUCCUGUCGCUGCGCACCCGUAGAUCGAAUCGCUCAAUGUGUGGGUGUGAGUCGCCAAGUGUCACGUUUUUUGUGACGGUCCAUGAAAAAGA